GUCGGUUACCAUAAGAGAUAAAUUGUGUGCUGUACAAUAGGAGAGCCGGGUACGAAACUGUCCAUUACUAUUCUGUACCGGGGGACAGUACAGGAAUCGGGUACCUAAACCCAUUAGAUAAUAUUAAUUGAAAAGGGAAAUUAAAAGACAAAAAAAAUAUGUCGGCAAAUAAAGAUGGAGACGGUGGAUGGAAGAGCUUUCUGUGGAAUUCGGAAAGGAAGGAAUUUCUAGGACGCACUGGUGGCAGUUGGUUUAAAAUCUUGUUGUUCUACCUGAUCUUCUAUGGAUGCUUGGCUGGGAUUUUCAUUGGGACCAUCCAGGCCCUGCUGCUAACCCUUAGUAACUACAAACCCACCUACCAGGACAGAGUCGCCCCACCAGGUCUAUCCCACACCCCGCGCUCUGAGAAGUUUGAGAUCUCUUACAACGUCAACGAUGUGGAGACGUAUCUGAAAUACACCAAGAGCAUCAAGGACUUCCUGGAGAUGUACGAUGAGGAGAAGCAGACCGACCAGAACAAGUACGAAGAAUGUGGAGAUUUACCUGAAUCGUACAGGGACCGCGGUGAGCUGGAGAGUGACGCUGGAGUGAGGAAAGCCUGCAGGUUCAAGCGGACCUGGCUGGGACCCUGUGCUGGUCUGGAUGGUCACGACGAAAACUUUGGCUUCAAGGAUGGGAAACCCUGUCUGAUCGCCAAGCUCAACAGGAUCAUCAACUUCCGACCAAGGCCUCCAACCAACAAUGCCUCCGUCCCUGAAGCCGGCCAGAGCAGAGUCCAGACCAACGUUAUCCCCAUCCACUGUCAGAACAAGAGAGAGGAGGAUGCUAGCAAGAUUGGUGAGAUCAAGUACUAUGGCAUGGGCAUGGGGUUCCCCCUCCAGUACUACCCCUACUAUGGUAAGCUGCUGCACCCCGAUUACCUACAGCCUCUGGUGGCCAUCCAGUUUACCAACCUCACCUUCAACGAGGAGCUGCGUCUUGAGUGCAAAGUGUACGGAGCGAACAUUGACUACAGCGAGAAAGAUCGCUACCAAGGACGAUUUGACGUUAAGUUCACCAUCAACAAUUCAUGACCUCAGAAAAACACACUGUUUAUCCACACCCACAUUUCAAAACACGAUGAUUUAGAAAAGAAAGAAAAAAAUAGUUAUAUUAAAAACACGACUAGUCUUGGAACAAAACUUUCAUAAUAUACGGGACCUAGAGUCAAUCUGUGUACACUACACUGGCUUUUCUGCAUAAUGUCUAGGGUUAGAAUGUACUUUACACGGGCUUUUCUGCAUUAAUGUCUAGGGUUAGAAUGUACACUACACUGGCUUUUCUGCAUAAUGUCUAGGGUUAGAAUGUACUUUACAGGAAGAGUAGCAACAUAUUUAUUCUACUGUAAAUGAGAAGUCCUUGAGCCAUGGGACAUUCAUCUCUUACUGUAAAUUGCAAUUCCACUACUGAUAUGUAGCGAGCAGUGUUUCUGUCUGUCCCCCUAAGUAUUCUGCCUAACGUGGUUUCUAUAUAUGUUUGGCGUGUCCAGUACAGUAGUGGCAUACAGUGGUCUUUUCCAAGCCAUGUUGUAAUUUCUGUUGUCUUAUGUCAGUAAGCUUUAGUGGUCCAAGGUGUGUUUGUGUUUUAAUGUGAGUGUGUGGAUAUGUGUUAAUGUGCUCUUACUAACUGAAAAUACUGGCAUGGUACGCUCUGAUCUCCAAGUCUGUCAGUAAACGGAUGCACUCCCUGGAA